UUUGCAAAAUUUUAAAUAGAUUGAGAUUCAUAUCAAUUAAUCAUAAUCCAAAGGUUUAUUACACUACAUAGUAAUUAUUUGACUGAUUUACUGAGGCAGUUAUUCUAGCUUAUCUUACUAUUGUCGAAAAAACCAUUCUUUGGUGAUUAUAUAAGCUUCACAAAUCCUCCAAAUUUGAAUCUUCAAAAAGUGGAAAAUUCGGCCCUUGGUUUGGUUCUGCCUCUGUUUUCUCAUAUUGCUGCCACCUAGUUACAACCAACUACCAUGACUUUGCACUUGCAGAUAUCAAAUGAAAAAAUAAACCCAUAUCUUCAACUGACAUCAAUCUUCCUCCAUCAAAACAAAUAGACAGAUUGAAAAACUCUCAAUCUGAUGAGUCUCUUCAAAAUGAAUAAAGCCCAUUCAAUCCCAUUAUGCAGUUUUCUCUUCUUUCUUUUUCUUAGCCAUGGUGGAGUACUCUCCCAGUCAUUGCAGAAGCAAGAACAGUCAGUGCUUCUGAGGCUAAAACAGCAGUGGGGAGACCUUCCUUAUAUGAGUCAAUGGAUUCCAUCAUCAAUAAACUCUUCUUCUCACUGCUCUUGGCCUGGUAUCACCUGCACCUCUAACUCUGUCACCGCUCUGCAUCUUUAUGAUGCAAACAUCACCACUCCAGUUCCUUCUUUUGUCUGUGACCUUAAAAACCUCACAGAUAUUAAUCUUGGGCUCAACUACAUUCCUGGGGAGUUUCCAAAAUCUCUGUUCAACUGUUCAAAGCUUCAAUAUUUAGACCUCUCCGACAAUUUCUUCGUGGGAACCAUUCCAAGCGACAUCAACCGAAUGAUUCAGCUCCGGAAUCUUUCUCUCGCCGGUAAUAGCUUCUCCGGCAACAUCCCCGCAGUCAUCGGACAGCUUCAAGAAUUGAGAAAACUCGAACUAGGAGCCAACCAAUUCAAUGGCUCUUUACCGCCAGAAUUAGGUGAAUUGUCUAAUCUUGAAAUACUGACGCUAUCCAAUAAUAAAAAACUUUCGCCGUCAACUCUCCCUUCUAACUAUACCCAAUUGAAGAAGUUAGUAAAUUUGUUUAUUACUAAUGCGAAUUUGAUCGGAGAAAUACCUGAAAGUAUUGGGGAUUUGACAGCAUUGGAGUUUUUGGAUUUAUCUAAUAAUAGCAUGAGUGGGAAAAUCCCAGAUGGGUUGUUUAAGUUGAAGAAUUUAAGUGUGGUUUAUCUUCACAAGAACAGUUUUUCUGGGGAGAUUCCUCAGGUGAUUGAAUCUCUGAAAUUGACUGUAAUUGAUAUCUCAGAGAACAAGUUAACAGGGAGGAUACCAGAAGAUUUUGUUAAGCUAAACGAGUUAACGGGUUUGGCUUUGUUCAUGAAUCAAUUAUCAGGAAAUAUUCCAGAGGGGUUAGGCAAACUACCAGGUUUAAUGGAUUUCAGUCUUUUCAUGAACAAUUUGUCAGGCGUUUUGCCUCCAGAUUUGGGCAAGUAUUCAAGCCUCAGAACAUUCGAGGUCUCUUCCAAUAAGCUUGAAGGAAAACUACCAGAACAACUUUGUUCUGGAGGUAUAUUAACCGAUGUCGUGACUUAUGACAACAAUUUCAUUGGCGAACUACCCAAAGGACUCGGAAAUUGCAGCUCUUUGAACAUAGUCAAAAUUUAUAACAACAAAUUUUCUGGUAAUGUUCCUAGUGGUCUGUGGACAUCGUUGAGAUUGAGUAACUUAAUGAUUGGCAACAAUGAGUUCACUGGUGUGCUUCCUGAGAUGUUGGCUGAGAAUCUUUCUCGGCUGGAAAUCAAUGACAAUAAGUUUUCAGGUAACAUUCCAAUCGGUUCAUCUUCCUGGAAAAAUUUGGUGGUUUUUAAGGCCAGUAAUAACAGCUUGACAGGAUCGAUUCCAAAUGAAUUGACCAAUCUUCAACUUUUGACAACUCUUUUGCUUGAUCAAAACCAUCUCACGGGGGAUCUUCCAUCACAUAUUCAAUCAUGGAGGUCCCUUAGCACUCUUGAUUUUAGUCGAAACCAAAUCUCUGGACAAAUUCCUGAAAGCCUUUGUUUCUUGCCUACUCUUAACUAUUUAUACCUAUCAGAAAACCAACUUUCUGGAGAAAUUCCAUCUCGACUCGGUCAAUUGAGGCUCACUGAUCUCAAUCUCUCUUCCAAUAAUCUCAUUGGAACAAUCCCGCCUGAGUAUGAGAACGGUGCAUUUGCUGACAGCUUCUUGAACAAUCCCGGUCUCUGUACAAGCUCCAAGCAUUUAAAACUUAAGAAUUGUAGUUUCCAAUCCAGAAAACGUGACAAACUUUCAACCCCUUAUCUUGUGUUGAUCAUAGCACUAGGUGCAGUGGUCUUCUUGUUAUUUGUGUCCUUCAUAUUCUUCAUAAUGAGAGGUCAUGGGAGCAAAAAAGGACUUGAAUCAAAAUGGAAGCUAACCUCAUUCCAGAGAUUAUCUUUCACAGAAUCAAAGAUCGUGUCAGGACUGAAGAACCAUAAUCUUAUUGGAAGUGGAGGCUCUGGUAAAGUCUACCGUGUCCCUGUGAAUCGUGAAGGCAAUGUUGUCGCCGUAAAAAAACUAUGGAGCAACAACAUGAAUGUAGACCACAAGCUUGAGAAAGAAUUCCUUGCGGAAGUGGAGAUAUUGAGCUUAAUUAGACAUUCCAACAUAGUGAAACUCAUGUGCUGCAUCUCAAGUGAGAGUUCAAAACUCUUAGUCUAUGAGUACAUGGAUAAUCGGAGCUUAGACCGUUGGCUACAUGGCAAAAACAAUCAGCACAUCACUACUUCACCCUCCGGUUUGGUCCAUGAUAUCUUCCUAGAUUGGCCCAAGAGGCUACAUAUAGCAAUUGGAGCUGCACAAGGCCUCUGUUAUAUGCACCAUGAUUGUGUGCCACCAGUUAUCCAUAGAGACAUUAAAUCAAGCAACAUCUUGCUAGACUCAGAGUUCAACCCAAAAAUCGCAGACUUUGGCCUCGCCAAGUUGUUGGUCAGGCAAGGAGAGCUUGCCACAAUGUCUACAGUGGCUGGUUCUUUUGGCUACAUGGCUCCAGAGUAUGCUCAUACAGUAAGAAUCAAUGAAAAGAUCGAUGUUUAUAGUUUCGGUGUGGUUCUCUUAGAGUUGGCAACAGGGAGAGAAGCGGGUGACGGCGGUGGAGACGAGCAUAGCUCUCUCUCUGACUGGGCUUGGCGUCACAUCCAAGAAGACAAGCCGAUUGAGGAUGCUUUGGACCCAAAAGUAAAGGAUUCUCACUUGAAAGAAAUGUGUUGGGUAUUCAAUGUGGGGAUCAUAUGUACGGCAACUCUGCCUAUGAGGAGGCCUUCCAUGAAAGAAGUUGUACAACUCUUGCUCCAAUGUAGUCGUCCUGUGAUGGGUUAUGGCGAAAAGUUCGCCACAACCGAAUACGAUGCUGCUCCGCUUUUGAAGAACUCAAAGCGUGAGAAUGUUUUAGAUGUAGAAGAUGAAGAAGACCCUACUUUUGCUAGCAAUGUAUGAUGUAGAGUUUUCCUGCCUUGUUAGAUAAAUAAAAGUUAAUCACAAUAGAUUAAAGGUUCAAAAGCAGUUUGUUAAUAUAGUUGAAUAAUUUUGUCCUAAGUAGAUAAAAUUAGGAAACUAACCACUAUGUAUACUAAUUUUUUAAGGAGCAAGAACAAGCAAAUUAGUGUACCUUAUUGUUACAGUUGUGUUAGAGCAGUACUUCUUGUAUUCUAUUCCUUAAUGGUUAUAUAAUUAAAUAAGGUUCUUGCUCCCUAGAAAUUAAUUGUUCAAUCUAAACUUCUGAGAAGUGUGUUUGAUACUUUUUUUACUCAA